UUCGACGUAAUCGCUUUGCCAGCUGGAUGUGUGGUCUCAGUACUCCUGAAGGCUUGUUCCGGGCUUAAGUGUCGAACAAAAUUUGUUUCAUAUAAUUAAAAUUGCGCCAUGUCGGGCCGGACAAAGCGUCGCCUCGAAGAUUUCGAUCCGAAUGCUUCUGAUCCCAACGACUCCGAUUUUGACGAACGAGCCGCAAGACCUCAAAAACGGUCCAAAAAAGUCUCAUCUUCCAGCUCAAAGCCGCGCAGACCUCAGAGACGUCGGACAUAUGACUCCGAUGAUAUUGUUGAUGACGAAGACGAUCUAGAAAUGGACGACUCUUUCGGCUCCGCGAUAGAAACGGAAGAAGAAAUCGAAACAAAUGAGCGUGGACGAGCUGUUCGCAAAGCUACAAAGAAAGAGAUCAAGUACGAGGAGGAUAGUGACGACGAGGAGGACGACAGUGAUCAAGAUGAUGACGACGAAGAUGAAUUGCCUAGCCGUCCACGACGCGGCAAGCAAGACAAGCCAGGAAAGCAGACUUUGAUCGUCAAGCUGAAGGUGAAUACCAAUAAUAGAAGAACGCGAGGCAACAAAGCUCCGAGCAAAUCACGGUCUACCCCAGGACCCGAAACCGCUGGAAGCCGGCGAAGCAGUCGCUUGUCUCAUGAAGCAGAACAACCCCUCGUUUCACUCUCGAAUUCUGGCAAACAUAUUGUUCUCGAACGUGGCUCCAGUGUUGACCGCGAAACUCAGGACAUGCCACGGCGCCCAUCUCGUGCUACUAAAGGCCUGAAGAAACCACCAAGUGCUAUCAUGGAAGCGUCGCAAGAGGAAUCACAGAGCAACUCGGCCCAGGCCAACCCAGCAGCCGCUAUUGGCAAUGCCCAAGAGAACGCCCCAGUAGAGGACAAUGCUUUGCAAGCUGAUUCUGAAGCGGAGCCUGAUAUGCCUAUUCUCACAAGCGAUGUGCAGAUGGCUGAAAUCUCUGAGUCCGUCCACGGUGAUGAAGCGAUGAAACCCACAGCAGAUGAUGACGACGAUGAGGAGGAAGAAGAGGGUCCAGUCUCACGCCCUGGGCGCACGUUGCGGUCCCGAAAGUCAGGCACAGGUGAGAGUGCUGGGAAGUCCCAGAAGCGGGCAAUCGAAGAGAGCAGCGACUUCGAGCCAGUGGGGGACGAAGAGAAAGAGGAUGAAGACGUAUCAGAGUCAGACGAUGCGAAAAAGAAAGGCCAAGGCAAAAGCCCAUCCGAUGACUCGGUCGGACGAGCUCGCCGGUAUCCUACGCGUAAAUCCCAACGUAGUCGGCAAAAUAGUGACUCGGACGAUGAUCUCGACCGCCACGAGCUGAUGGAGGAGGCAGAAGAGCUUGCCAUGGACAAAGCUCGCACUCGCCGCAGCACCCGUCGACAGCCAGUCUCUGACAUCGCGUUUGAUCAACCCUCUCUACGCUCGCGUGGCAAGCAAGUUGAUUACCGUAUCUACCGCCCAGAGUUAGUUGCAGCACUAGACGAAGAAGACAAUGCGCCAGCUGCUACACCGUCGCGCAACAGAAACCGUGGCGGAGGUGGCGGGGCGGGUUGGCGUUCGCUGUUCUCGACUCAAGGGCCCUUUGGCGGUCACGACGGACCACGUGCUUUAUUCGGAGGAGCUGAUGGUGCCGGUGCCGUCGGGGGAAUAGAUUCGGAUAGUAGUGAAGAUGAGAAUCAAACGGCUAAACCAAGCGUCGGAGGCGCUGUGGGCAUGACGCCAACCUCAGCCUUCAGGCCCAAUCUUCACAACAAUGAUCCAGCUCAAGCAAAAUCUGGCGGACCUGCAAACCUGGGCAAGGUGUCCGAUCGGAAGGCACUCGCUGAUAGCGAUCCACUCGGGGUUGAUACAACUGUUACAUUUGACGGUGUAGGUGGUCUCGACGAUCAUAUUAACCAAUUGAAGGAGAUGGUCAUGCUUCCACUCCUCUAUCCAGAGCUGUUCAAGAAUUUCAACGUCACUCCACCCCGUGGUGUGCUAUUUCAUGGUCCUCCUGGUACUGGUAAAACCCUACUUGCUCGUGCGUUAGCUUCCAGCGUCAGCUCUGGUGGACAGAAGGUCACAUUCUACAUGCGCAAAGGUGCGGAUGCGUUGAGCAAAUGGGUUGGUGAGGCCGAACGCCAAUUGCGUUUGCUGUUCGAAGAAGCACGCAAGAACCAGCCCAGUAUCAUCUUCUUCGACGAAAUUGAUGGCUUAGCCCCCGUUAGAUCGAGCAAGCAAGAGCAGAUUCAUGCCUCCAUUGUCGCAACCCUCCUAGCUCUGAUGGAUGGCAUGGACGGUCGCGGUCAAGUAAUAGUGAUUGGAGCCACUAACAGGCCCGACUCUGUGGAUCCAGCACUUCGCCGACCGGGACGAUUCGACCGUGAAUUCUACUUUCCUCUACCAGGUGUACCAGCGCGCCGAGCCAUCAUCGACAUACAUACGAAGGGCUGGGAACCGCCACUCAAAGACCCUUUCAAGGAUCAACUAGCUGAACUAACGAAGGGAUAUGGUGGUGCUGAUCUCCGGGCUCUCUGCACAGAAGCUGCUCUCAAUGCAAUUCAGGGCACUUAUCCUCAGAUAUAUAAGUCCAACAAGAAGUACAUUGUGGAUCCUAAUACCAUCAAGGUUCUGGCCAAGGAUUUCAUGAUAUCGGUAAAUAAGAUGAUCCCAUCGUCUGAAAGAUCCGCGCAAUCGUCCGCGGCACCGCUUCCUAAGAAAAUCGAGCCGCUACUACGCGAACCCUUCACGGAUCUCACCAGAAUGAUUGAUGAUGUACUACCUCGCAAACGUAAACUUACAGCGCUCGAAGAAGCCGAGUACGAUGAUCGGGAGGAUGCUCAAGGAUUCGAACGUGAGAUGAUGGAGACUGAGUUCCAACGAGCUCGCGUAUUCAGGCCUCGACUACUGGUACGCGGGCUUGGUGGGAUGGGACAGCAGUAUCUCUCCUCUGCCCUUCUCAACAAGCUCGAGGGAGUAUUUGUCCAAUCCUUUGAUCUUGCCACUUUACUAGAAGAUUCUUCAAGAUCACCCGAGGCUGCCGUUGCGCAGCUGUUCAAAGAGGUCAAACGUCAUAAACCAAGUGUUAUUUACAUUCCACAUGUCGAUAUCUGGUACGAUUCAUUGCCUCCGGCAGCUCUUAGUAUAUUCAAGUCAUUGCUCCAAAGUCUAAGACCUGAUGACAGCGUCCUGCUCCUCGGAAUGCUUGAGGACCCAGAGGCGGGCCACGACAAAGCAUCGGAAGCCAGGAAAGCGCAUAUGGUCAAGGAUUUGUUCGGCUAUUCUAGGAGAAAUCAGUAUGAACUGACUAGACCUAACCACUCGGCACGAAAAGAGUUCUUUGGCGAUCUUAUCAGCUUCAUCAGACUUCCGCCAACUCAUUUUACUGAUCCCACCAAUCGCAAGAAACGUAAACUCGCGCAACUAGAGCUCGCACCAGAAAAGGCCCCUGUAGAGCCUACGAAAGAGGAGCUCAAGGCACAGAAAAAGAAUGACCGGCUGACGCUGAAUCGACUGAAGAUGUUCAUACAGCCUGUCAUGGACCAAAUUAAACAGAAGUACAGAUCAUUCAGGUUUCCUGUCAUAGAAGAAAGAGUAAUAGAGUACUUGUACGAUGAGCAAGAUCCGACUGUUGUCACGACAGACCUUCCUCAAGAACUACGAGCGGAGCAAGGACAACUGCGGCCUUACGAGCUUGGUACCGAUAAGCACGGAGUUCCUGGUCUCCGCGAGACCGAGACAGGCAAAUUCUACUACAAUCUAGAUAUCACCAUCAUCGAGAAACGCUUAUCGAAUGGGUACUACAAGCGGCCCCGAGAUUAUCGUGAUGACAUAAGGCGUAUGGAAAAGGAUUGGGUCACGUUUGGUCAUCCCGAAAAGAUGAUCAAAGCAAAAGAGCUCCUCUCGAAUGUCGAGGUCGAUAUGGAUACCAUCUCUGCGCAACAGCCUGCCCUAGCAGCUGAGUGUGAUGCCGUCUAUGAACGUGAAAGAGCGCGAGCUGCGAAGGCGACAAAGCAUGCGCGCCCAGGCGUGCCUUUAUUCAAUGGAUCUGUAAAUGUGCCACCGCACGUGUCUAAUGUUGGAACGGAAACAACAAAUGGAACGGGUCCCAUCAUCUUGGGUGUACCUGUUCCUGGCCGACAUGUCAUGCCACCAACCACACCAGUUCGCCACCAGACCUCAUACAGUGGUAUUUCCAAUGGUGUCACAGCUGGCGGCAAUGGUGCAGGUGUGAACUCUCACCCUGACGAGGACACCCCGAUGACCGAUAGCCAAGACCAUGACAAUCAGACUCAGGCAUAUGGCACACAGAGCGGUGCCAAUACACAAACCCAGAAAUCACAGGUCUCGGCGCACACCCAUGUGGCAUUUGGCAUUGAACCACAUCAGCUUCAUAAUAGCGCCUCAACGACCACGUCUGGUCAAAGGACCGAUCGCUCGAAUCGCUACUCCACUUCGAAUAACACUCAAAGUACGAAUGGUAACCCUAGUAGAGAUCAUCCCGAUUUUUCAAUGAUGCAGCCGCCCUCAGUCGCAUCAAUUCCCGAUACUCAAGAAUUUCCCCACCAUGCCAGUCAACAGACGAAUUCUCAGCCAUCGCAGUCGAGCCAGCCUCCAGCAAUUCAGGUCACUUCUCUGCCCCAGCAACCAACAGCAAUCAAUGCGUUACUGAACGAUGUGGCGCCAAAUCUCGUAGUUGAUGAGCCAUACCUCGAGCAAGUUUUUGAUCGCCUCGCGAAGAACUCCUCUGGUCUCAGUGUGGAGCAGUUAGAGCAAGUGAACGCCCAUCUCAUGGAUGCCAUCUGGCGCUUCCGACACGACUGGAACCGUACUCAUAUUGCAGAAAAGGUUAUUGAGGCCUUCAACGAAGUGAUUGAAGAUAUUCAGGAAAUGGCAAGGCUACUUCCUCCUAGCCAGGACUUGGUCGAGCACACGUGAGAGCCCUGGAUUUCAGGUACAAUACUGGAAGCGCUCUGUCGCAUUGUUUGAUUUAUGGAAGACCAUGGCUGGACUCUAUGAGAUCUAGGCCAGACGCCUAAUUCAUGCAUUUCCGUUAUAAGCACGACUUUUAACCUCGAACACUAGGACGCGACUACAUCUUACUCAUACCGAGGCCGCGGCCAUCCCAUACUGCA